AUGGGGGUGGGAGAUGGCGGCGGAGACGUAGGGGUGGGAGAUGGAGGCGGCGACAUGGGUGUGGGAGGUGGCGGUGGCGGAGGCGACGUGGGGGUGGGAGGUGGCGGUGGCGGUGGCGGAGGCGAGGUGGGGGUGGGAGGUGGCGGUGGCGGAGGCGACGUGGGGGUGGGAGAUGGCGGGGGCGACGUGGGGGUGGGUGAUGGCGGCGGCGACAUGGGGGUGGGAGAUGGCGGCGGCAACGUAGGGGUGGGAGAUGGCUGCGGGGACAUGGGGGUGGGAGAUGGCGGCGGCAACGUAGGGGUGGGAGAUGGCUGCGGGGACGUAGGGGUGGGAGAUGGCGGCGGGGACGUAGGGGUGGGAGAUGGAGGCGGCGACGUGGGGGAGGGAGAUGGCGGCGGCGACGUGGGGGUGGGAGAUGGAGGCGGCGGCAUGGGUGUGGGAGAUGGAGGCGGCGACGUGGGGGUGGGAGAUGGCGGCGGAGACCUGGGGGUGGGAGAUGGCGGCGGAGACAUGGGGGUGGGAGAUGGCGGCGGCGACGCAGGGGUGGGAGAUGGAGGCGGCGACGUGGGGGUGGGAGAUGGAGGAGGCGGCAUUGGGGUGGGAGAUGGCGGCGGCGGCAUUGGGGUGGGAGAUGGCGGCGGCGACGUGGGGGUGGGAGAUGGCGGCGGCGACAUGGGGGUGGGCGUCGUCGUUGGUGAUGGUGGGGUGGCCGUGGGGCAUGGUGUGGUAGGGGUGGGGGUGGUGGUGGGUGAUGAAGCUGGAGGCUGGGCCAUGGACACGGCCAUCAAAGCUAGAAACACAGCCACCGCCGGCAUGAUGGAGAGGACUCGAAGAAUCCUGGAUCUCAAUGAGCAAGAUGAGGAAAACGGUAGUAGCAGUCAUCGUGGUCGCUCAGUGAGUCGCGCCACAAGCAGUCGCCAUAGUCGCUCUGCGAAUUCAGCUACGAGUAAUCACCGUAGUCGCUCCACGAAUCGUGCCGCGAGCAGUAGACGACAAGAAGAGCGAUCAAGUCCUAGUGAAAGUAGGCUUGAUCGAAUAGAGCGAAUCUUAGAGGGCGUGCUGACACAUGUAACAAGGAACGAGCCACCAAGGCACACCCCCCAUAUGCUGGAUCAGUAUCGCCGGCAAAGACCCCCGGUGUUUAGAGGAAAAGUGGGAGAUGACCCCAGUGCAGCCGAGUACUGGAUAGAGCAAACUGAGAAGCUGCUCCAACAUCUGCAGUGCAGUAACGAAGAGAAGGUUAACUGCGCUACAUUCAUGCUCGAGGAAGAGGCUGCACGAUGGUGGCAAUCAGCCCAACGAGCCCUACAAAGGACACCCAGGCAGGCAGCACAGGAUCUAAGGCCGAGACAAGCUCAGGCGAUAACCUGGGAAGCAUUUAAGGAAGUUUUCAAUGCUAAGUACUUUCCCCAAAGCUGGAAGGAAGAGAGAACUUGGGAAUUCAUGAACUUAAAGCAGACUGACGAAAUGUCAGUAACCCAAUACGAUGUCAAGUUUACCCAACUAAUCAGAUACGUGCCUAUGUAUGAAACUGACGAAAGACAGAAGGCACAGAAAUUUGUGAGUGGAUUGAAAGUGGAUCUACAAUAA